AUGGAGAACAGACAUGAGCUGGAACCUUUGAAGCAGGAUUUUUCAACUUUGGAGAUCCACAACGUCAAUACUUUGGUAUAUGACCAAGGACAAGACAUUUACAUACGACUCGCAUCUUCAGAGUUUGAUCAUAAAAAGAAUAAGAGGAACUUGAAGCGUGCUCGGACUUUUGCAGGAGUUAUUGCAUUCAUUAUAGGACUAACCAUUAUUGUAUUGAUCACAUCAGCAUAUAUAAAGAAGCUCGGAUGCAUAAAAAUGUUAUUUCACAAGAAGGAAAAGGAAGAUGGUGAUUUGGCAACAAUAUUUGAUUUUUCGACAAUUGCUAAUGCAACAAAUCACUUCUCUAACAGAAACAAGUUAGGAGAAGGUGGUUUUGGACCAGUGUACCAGGGCAUAAUGGUAGAUGGCCAAGAGAUUGCUGUUAAGAGGCUUUCUAAAACAUCGGGACAAGGAACCGAGGAGUUCAAAAAUGAAGUAAAGUUGAUGGCAACACUUCAACACCGUAAUCUUGUAAAACUUCUUGGUUGUUCUAUACAACAAGAUGAAAAGUUAUUGAUCUACGAAUUCAUGCCCAAUAGAAGCUUGGAUUACUUUAUUUUUGAUACUACGCGAAGUAAAUUACUAGAUUGGAGAAAGCGCUUGGAAAUUAUCGAUGGGAUUGCUCGGGGGCUGCUAUCAUUUAUGGGAGACCAUGCUGAGGCUAACACAAAUAGAGUGAUGGGAACAUACGGAUAUAUGCCUCCGGAAUAUGCAGUGCAUGGAUCUUUUUCAAUAAAGUCUGAUGUUUUCAGCUUUGGAGUCGUUGUACUUGAGAUAAUUAGCGGUAAGAAGAAUAGUGGAUUUGGUGACCCUCGACAUCGUCUAAACCUUCUUGGGCAUGCAUGGAGACUAUGGAUUGAAGAAAGAAGAAUAUCUUCAUUAGCCAUAGGUUGGUCUGCAUCCUUUGCCAUAUCCUGUUCAACUUCAUUAGCAGCAGCCUCUAUUUCAUUGACAGCUUCAUUGGCAACAAGAUAA